AUGGACUCUCCAAACCCAUAUGGUAAUUCUCAAGGGUUUGUAAACCUCUUGAAUAGUCAAGAGGACUAUCCUUUCUCCUUUUCACCGCCAAUAGAUGUAGGAUCACCACAGUUGCCCAGGUUUAGUCACGCCGAGGAGCCAACAGUUGUAGCUGAAGACCGCAAAGUCACACCGAGGAGGCAGUGGACACCAACAGAAAACCUUGUCCUCAUCUCUGCUUGGUUGAACACCAGCAAGGACCCAAUCGUAGGUAAUGACCAGAAAGCUUGUGCCUUCUGGUCACGCAUCAAGGCCACAUUCAACUCGAGCCCGAAACUGAAAGAGUAUCCAGAUAGAGAGGGGACCCAUUGCAAGCAGAGGUGGAGCAGGAUGAACGACCAAGUGUGUAAGUUCGUUGGCUGCUAUGGCACUGCGGUUAAAGAGCAAUCAUCCGGCCAAAACGACAACGACGUGAUGAAAGCUGCACACCAGAUCUUCCUCAACGAUCACGGCUUCAAAGAUGCUGAAAGGGUUAAGCGUAGAAAAUGUGAUGAAGGUGCGGUUCAUUCACCGCAGACAGAGACUGGUGGAGAGGACACAUCAGCUCGGCCUCCAGGAGUAAAAGCUGCAAAAGCAGCCAAGGGCAAGAAAAAAGCACCUUCAGCGGCCGAUCAAGAAGAAGCCAAAGCCUAUGCAGACAUGAGGAGUAUGUGGGAUAUAACACAAGUGGACCUAGAUAGGAAAGACAAGAUCUCCAGUUGUUUUUAA